AUGGCGGCAACAGCAGCGGUGGCGACAGCGGCGGCAGCCAGGGUUGAAGAGAGCGAAGAGUUUUGUUUUAGCUUUCGGCUAGCACUUGAGUUUCCGCCUUUCCUUGUAUUCCAGAUCUUUUGCAACACUCACGGCCAAGGCGGCAAAUACAUUAACAGAAAUAGAAUACUGAGUCCAUCAAAUGAGGCAACAGCUGAUGCUUACAAGUUAAUGGGAUAUCAGAAAUACCAUGAACAAAUGGUACAAGAGGAGCUUCAGUACCCAAGCCACAGGGUAACAGAUGAUAAUGAUAUUUUAUUAUGGAUUUGGUGUAUUGCUCUCCUACAGUCUACCACUAAUCUGGAUGAAAGCCCUGUGUACUUUGGUGGCAGGAAUAACUGCUGGAGAAGGUCUCUGCAAGAUCUCCCUGGGACAACAGUAAUAUAUGCCACAACAGAUUACCCACAGCCCAAAACCUUGUCAGACAGACUUAAAAAGGAGCUGAAGCUUCCACUGCUGAGGCCGCAGAAUAAAGAGCUUUGGCAUGAUCAGCUCAUGGCUACUUCUAAU